GUAGGGUUUUAGAGGGCCGCCACGAGAGACGAUCAGGGGAAAUUUCCCCGUGAGCUCCUCAGGGAUCGUCCCGCUCUCUGAGGGAGGAGCCGGUCUCAUACAGCGAGAGCCGCAGGACAAGGCCCUCCCUCAUCCAAGACGACGCCUUGCAGCCGCUGCGGCGGAAACCUGGCGAGAAUGGCGAUGGGGUUUUCCAUCCACGGGGGCGCUAUCAGGCAUCCCUUUAUCUGCUCCACCUCUCUCUGUCUCUCCUCUUCCCAUCGCCGAGCGAUCUCCGGCUUCGCUCGGGGACCGCACGUCCACCCUCCGUUGUGCAGGACUGGGAAAGAAGUGGAUUUCAUUGCACUAAAGCAAACAAGUAAAGUGAAUAUAAUAGUUCAGAAAGUUCUGCAAGAUCAUCAGAAUGGACGGAUACCACUCACAAAUGAUUAUCCUAAAAUUGGAAGAGUUGCUGCUGACUUAGUACAUUUGGAUGGAAGAGAGGAUGACCAUCCUAAUAAUUGUCAAGAUGCAAUUUCUCAAGAUUUGUCAAGUGGAGGUUCCAUGUCACGUCAUUCUUCAAGAUGUACCAGUAUUAAUUCAAGUAUGAAGAACACUAUUGAGAAACAACCUCAGCAAGCACUGUCAUCCUUUUAUCCAUCUGUCAGAAAAUUGUUCUAUUCCACUGCGACUCAGCCCAAGAAAUUGCCAUCUGACUCUCAAGAGUCCGAGGGUUCUCUUCCAGCAGGAGAUGAAGAUGUCUGUGAUAAGGCAACAUAUCCUGGAAAUUCAAAAAAGAGUCAACCUGUUAAAAAGGGUACAAAUAAGGUGGUAAACCGGGAACAACUUGCUCGCAUAUAUGAUGAAGUACUCAUUGUUGAUAAUAUCUCAAGAGCUAAAGAAGUAGUCCAGUUACUGACUACAGAGUACAAGCAUUUUUUUCAUGCAUGCGACACUGAGGUGGCCAACAUUGAUGUGAAGGUGGAGACGCCGGUUGGCCAUGGAGAGAUCAUAUGCUUUAGUAUCUACUCUGGUCCUCGAGCAAAUUUUGGAAAUGGUAGAUCUUGUGUCUGGGUUGAUGUGCUGGAUGGUGGGAAGGAUGUGUUGGAGGAGUUCAUUCCAUUUUUUGAAGACUCAUCUAUCAAGAAGGUGUGGCAUAAUUACAGCUUUGAUAGUCAUGCGCUAAGAAACCAUGGGAUCAAUCUGUCUGGGUUCCAUGCAGAUACCAUGCAUCUUGCACGGCUUUGGGAUUCUUCCAGAAGAAUUAAUGGAGGGUAUUCACUUGAAGCACUAACAAGUGAUCCAAAUGUCAUGUCUUCAAAAGGAUUUCACGUUGCUGAUGAACUAAUCAUGGGAAAGAUAUCGAUGAAAUCUAUCUUUGGUAAGAAAAAGUUAAAGAAGGAUGGUUCUGAGGGGAAACUUAUCGCUCUUGCACCUACUGAUGUGCUUCAGAGAGAAGAACGAAAAUUAUGGGUCUGUUAUUCUGCUUUAGAUUCUAUAAGCACCUAUAAACUUUUUGAUAACUUGAAAGCAAAGCUUCUGGAUAUGCAAUGGUCUCUUGAUGGUGUUAAAAGAGGAACAAUGUAUGAUUUCUAUGAAGAGUACUGGUGCCCUUUUGGUAGUCUAUUAGUGCAAAUGGAAUCUGAAGGAAUGCUUGUUGAUCGAGAAUAUCUUUCAGAGAUGGAAAAACUUGCUAUUGCUGAAACGGAAAUAGCUGCAGACAAAUUUAGGAAGUGGGCAUCAAAGUACUGUCCUGAUGCUAAAUAUAUGAAUGUGGGAAGUAAUGUUCAAAUCCGUCAGUUAUUUUUUGGUGGCACACUGAAUAGAAAAGAUCAAAAUGAAUGUUUGCCUGACUCAAAGUCAUUUAAGGUUCUUAAUACUGAGAAUGUCAUUGGAAAGGGAAAGAAGUCUCUUUCUAAAUACCGCACUAUUGAGCUCCACAAUAUUUGUAUAAAAAAAUUGCAAACACAUUUGUAUACAGCUAGUGGGUGGCCCUCAGUCAGUGGUGAUUCCCUAAAAGUUUUAGCUGGUAUGGUAUCCUUGAACCAAACCUCAGAUGACCAGAAUCUCACAGAAGACAUUGCAGAAGUGGCUGAUAUAUGUACUGAUGAAGACACUUCUGCUUCUGGGACUGCAUAUGAGGCAUUUGGUGAAGGUAAGGAUGGGAGAGAGGCCUGUCAAGCUAUAGAAGCUCUUUGUGAAGUCUGCUCUAUUGAUUCUUUGAUAUCAAACUUCAUUCUUCCCUUACAGGGGAAUCAUAUUUCAUGUGUCAAUGGACGAAUUCAUUGUUCUCUAAACAUCAAUACUGAAACUGGACGUUUAUCGGCUAGGAGACCGAACCUGCAGAACCAACCUGCAUUGGAGAAGGACAGAUACAAAAUUCGACAGGCCUUUAUUGCUGAAGCUGGAAAAUCUCUUAUUGUUGCUGAUUAUGGGCAGCUGGAGCUUAGGAUAUUAGCACACCUUGCGAACUGUCAAAGUAUGUUGGAUGCCUUCAGAGAUGGUGGUGAUUUCCAUUCUAGAACAGCUAUGAAUAUGUAUGCACAUGUGUGCAAGGCUGUUGAAGAAAACAGAGUACUCCUUGAGUGGCAUCCUCAACCUGGAAAACAUGAACCUCCAGUUCCAUUAUUAAAGGAUGUUUUUGCUGCCGAAAGAAGGAGAGCUAAGAUGCUUAAUUUUUCUAUUGCUUAUGGAAAAACACCCAUAGGACUUUCUCGUGAUUGGAAGGUUUCUGUUGAGGAAGCAAAGAAGACGGUUGAUCUUUGGUACAAAGAAAGACAAGAAGUUUUGCUCUGGCAAGAAAAACAAAAGAAUGAAGCAAGGACAAAAGGACGUGUCCAGACAUUGCUCGGACGAUCACGAUGUUUUCCUUCAUUGGAUCAUGCCAGCAAUGCUCAGAGGGGGCACAUUGAACGGGCUGCUAUUAAUACUCCAGUACAGGGAAGUGCAGCAGAUGUUGCCAUGUGCGCGAUGCUCGAGAUAGACAGGAACAUUUGUCUGAAGGAGCUUGGAUGGAAACUCGUGCUGCAGGUUCAUGAUGAAAUGAUACUGGAAGGCCCUACGGAGUCGGCCGAGCUUGCCAAGGCCAUAGUUGUUGAGUGCAUGUCCAAACCUUUCUACGGCACAAACUUUCUUAAGGUCGAUCUUGCUGUGGAUGCAAAGUGUGCCCAGAACUGGUAUGCAGCCAAGUAACAAAUGAGCGCCAGGUAUCAGAACCUGAAUUUGAUCCAUGAACCCAAUCUGAAGACUAGUGCACAUGCUACGAGACAGCGGUCAAGGCUUCAGCAAUUCUGAGCCAGGUAUUGGCAAGACAAUGUAGGAGGUUCACGGGCAGGAACCAUUAGCGAAACGAUGGCUUUGCCUCAUUUGUACGUUGGUGUUGGUGUUGCCUUAAUUUCUCUAGAUUUUGUGUAAGUUGUGUAUUUGUAAGUUGAAAUACAUAUUGUUAGAGGAGGUUCUGGGACAAAUUACAAUUUUUGUGAUAGUUUGUUCAGUGAUCCAUUGAUCUUAUGAAAAUUCCAAUGCUUUUUUUGUGCUGA